AUGCCAAUAAUGACAAAACGAGAGUUGGAAUCUUACUCAAAGGCUGGUACAAUAGCACAAGAAGUUUUAUCAUCAAUUAAAACUGUAUUUGCUUAUAAUGGUUCAAAAUAUGAACACUCACGAUACACAAAACAUUUGCAUAAAGCAAAGCAGACUGGUAUUCGUAAAGGAAUGAUAAAUGGUUUAUUAAUUGGUUUUUUUCGCUUUAUUUUAUAUUGUAUUUAUGCUGUUGGUUUUUAUCGUGGUGCACAAUUAGUUCAUCAGCAUAAAGCAAAUAUUGGCGAUAUUUUUGUUAUAUUUUUUACAAUUAUUAUUGCUAUAUUUUCAUUUGGACAAGCAACAACGAAUUUACAAUUUUUUGGUGAAGCAAUUGGGGCUAUGAAAUAUCUUUGUCAAAUUCUUGAUACAUCAUUAACUAGUGUUAAAAGCCAACAACAAAAGAACGAUAAAGAAACAAUAACAGCAUAUGAUGGAUUAAAAUUAGAUCAAUUAAAAGGUGAUAUUGAAUUUGACAAUGUUUGUUUUUCAUAUCCAAGGCGAUCAGAAAUGAAUGUUUUAUCAAAUUUAUCAUUUAAAAUUAAAUUUGGUGAUACAGUAGCAAUUAUUGGUCAUAAUGGUUGUGGAAAGGUUAGAGAAAGAAAUACAUUUGCUUUUUAUCACGGGUAAUCUCUUCUUCUGAACGGAAGAAACUCGAUAUAAAUGAAAGUCACUGGCGAAUCUAACAAAGGAACUUCUGAGAAACAAGACGUCUUUGGCUUUAAAUGAAAUUGUUAAAAAAAGUUAUCAAGUGCACUCUGAACGCUCUGAAAAACGGAGUGUCAUCAGCGUAAAAUACGCUGCUCAAAACAUCGUUCUCUACUGCUUGGUUUCAUCAGCACAUGUACCAAUUCUCUUCAAUCACUCCAUCAAAAAUACAAUUUUUUUUCUAAAACGUCGAUAUUGAGCUAUGCAUACCAUUACAUAGCUCACUGAGUCUUCUAUCAGAUCAAAGUUUUCUAUGUCGUAUUCUUCGCCUAUCCUGUGCUUAGACUGUAGAACCCACUGUUAAGUAUGAUUUCCUGUAAAGCCAAGUUCUUCAUUGAGUACCAUACCGACAUCGUCGAAACUUUAUCCGAUUGAACUUAAAUUUUUACCGCAGAUAGUAGGCUUCGGUACACUCGGGUGUUUUUCGAUUUGAGUUUCCAAAAAGUAACGUUGAGAACUUACGGGAAAAUUUUGUGAUAACUGUAUUUAGAACUUCAGGCGUCCAACAACUAAGCUUAGCCUAUAAUCUAGCCGCCGUAUGCCGAAAAGGUCUUGGAAAUUUGAAUCAAAAUACGCCUAGUAUAGUGGUCUAGACCUAUGGUAAAACUUUGAGCUUGAACCGAAAAAGUUUCAAUGGAAUCGGUACGGCAUUCUUAUAUUGGCGAACCGAAGUUUGAAUGUCGAAGCACACAGGUGUUUUGAGGAUCUUAACAAAAUGCUUAUAAAUUUGAAGAAAACAUCGUUGAGACCUCAGAGACGUCUCAUUUCGGAGAAAACUCUUCUGUCUACAGGACAGGGAACUUAAAUACAUGUUUUGACUUAGGCAAGAAAAGAAUAAAAAAUUUUUCAAGCAUAUUAAAAAUGACAGCCAUUAAAAAAUUUAUAUUUUCUCAAAAACGCUUGCUGAGAGCUGAAAGUGAUCUCAAAAUGUAGAGUACAAUUGUCUCUAUCAUACCUCAUGUUUAUCUGAAAAGCCAAUUUUUUUUUUGUUUCACGAGACAUCCUUAUAUUACAGUUGACAGACUUAAAAUUUUUACUACUACUAUACGGCUUGUCCAAGCGUGACGCUGUGACAAUUUUGACACAGUAAUUUGAGCUUUCCUCAAAAAGUGUAUAAGCUAGAACCGUCGUCCUUGCGCCGUUCGACGCAGCUCGCCAUACUCUACUU